UAAGCAUGAAUACUACACUUAGAAAUACUGAGCCUAAUAAACAAAGCUCAUGGAUCCUCAAUAUCUUUAAACAAUAUGAGGAUAAAUGUAAAAGAAAUGAGAUAACACCAACACAUAUUAAGUAUAUGCAAAAAAUCUUGGAAAGCUUAAAAAUAUCAACGACUAUAACGACUAUUGCUCAAGCUCAAUGGGAAGAACGAAAACCACAGGACGCUUAUUUUGCUAAAGCUGAAGAAGAAUAUGAGGAAUUAGAACUUGAAGAUACAGAAGGAGAACCUCAGCAUUAUCUAAAUAGAAUUGAUAAAUAUUGGAAGGGACCAGGACAAUGUCUUUUUGCUAAAGUCCAAAUAGAGGAAGACGAUGAAUUAAUAGAAAUAACAAAAGGAAAAGAUGUACCAAUUGGAAGUCUAACGAAUGUACAAAGGAUGCAACUUCAACAACUACUCACAAAAAACAAAGAUCUCUUUGCUAAUGACAAAUCUGAAUUGACUCAAACAAAUGUUGCUCAGCAUUCUAUUAUUACUGAAAAU